UCCAGCGAGAGGAACUUGAAAGGGGGGUUGUGUAACGUACCUUUUCCAAUCCCGGGCUGUAUAUGGAGAUUUGGGAUUCUUUAAACCGGCGCUACCUGGAUUUUAUUAAAAAGCAGGGAGCUCGGCGGGAGGAAAGCUGGCUUUUCCGGGGGCUGCGGGAGCCCGGCGGCGGGAGGGCGGAGGAGUUGGCGCGCCGAGCGCACGGCCACGGGAACAGUUUUCUACCAAAAAAAGGAAAGGCGGGCAAAAAGUGUGAGGCGGCUGCGGGUCGCGCAGGGGAGCGGCGGCCGCGGGAUGGCGUGCAGCACGGGCGCCUAGCCGCGUCGGGAGCCGGGGCCGCCGGAGCCGCAGCCGGAGCCCGGAGCCGGGAGUCCCGCCGCGCCAGACGCCGCCGCGUGCGCCGCACCGCCCAGCUCCGCCCGGCCGCCCGGAGGGGCCCCACAGCCUGUCGCCUGUGCGCCCCGGGCCGCCGGCCCGCCGCCGAGCGCGCACGCCGCUGGCCGCCGCCGCCAUGCCCACCGCGGAACCCCCGCCGCCCGAGGACUCUGGGACUACGCCGAGGCCUAAGUUUUAGGUCCCACUGA